AUGGCAUUGUCAAGUAGAAUCGUCCAACUAUCGACCCAAAUCCAAGAUAACACUGCGGAAGUAGACGCCUACCUUCUCGCAAACAACAUCGUGUCUCCCUCGCUCGAUGCAUCUUGUCCUCCCGUUCUAGAUCUUCCUCCGGAAGUAUCAGCAAAAAGAGACGCUGCAUUAGAAGCGAUGGAUGAGCUACAACAACUUCUGCGUGGCCCGGUCGGAACUAUAUACACACAAGUUACGGAUCAUACAAGUCUCGUAAGCCUACAUGCAGCAUGCCGUUUCAACAUGCCCUCAACAUUCCCUCCCGGUUCAACCUCCACAAUCCCCGAGAUUGCAAAGGCAUCCAACAUGCACCCCUCCGACGCCGAACGCGUGAUCCGCCACGGUAUCGCACAUCACCUCUUCAAAGAACCCGAAAGAGGCGUGAUUGCGCAUUCAGCAACGUCGAAAGCACUUGCCGUUGUCCCCUGGCUGCGCGAGUGGACGCUUUCCGGUCUAAACACCAUGUGGCCCGGCGCAUCCCGGCUCGUCGACAUGAUGGAAAGGUGGCCGGCAUCCCAGGAGCCGAACGAGACAGCGUUUAGUCUUGCACAUAACACAGAUUCAGCUUUUUUUGAGGAACUUGCGAAAGAUGGGAGAAAGGCGAAGAUCUUUGCCGACGGGAUGACUUUCUUUUUAAACAUGCCGCAAAUGAGUAUCGUGCACGCGGUUGAAGGAUAUGACUGGAGCCAACACUCUUUCGGCACCAUCGUCGACGUCGGCGGCAGCCACGGCAGCAUAGCCCUCUCACUGGCGAACAUAUUUCCUGCGAUGAAAGUCAUUGUCCAGGACCGACCAGAAGUCAUCGCGGAUGCACCAAAAGAUGCGAAACCAGGACAAGUGGAAUUCCAGGUCCAUGAUUUCUUCUCCGAACAGCCUGUUAAGGAUGCAGAUGUGUAUUUUUAUCGCUGGAUUUUCCACGAUUGGAGUGACAAGUAUUGCGUCAAGAUCUUGCGGAAUCUAAUUCCAGCGUUGAAGAAGAGUGCGAGGGUUGUGCUUAUGGACAGUGUAGUGCCGGAGCCUGGGGUGCUGACACCGUAUCAGGAAAGGCCGGUGAAGUUGUUUGAUAUGGUGAUGAAGGUAUUAUUUAAUGCGAAGGAGAGGAAUGAGACGGAUUGGAGGGAGUUAGUGCAAGAGGCGGAUGAGAGAUUUAGGGUUGUAGAUGUGAGAAGACCGGUGGGGAGUCAGCUGGGGAUAGUGGUUGUAGAAUGGGAGGGAUAG